GUGUGGUUUGUUUUUGUUUUGUUCUGACAUCAAAACAUAACCUCACUCGCGUCGUUUCCAAUACGAAUUCGAUAUUUUCCGUUUAAAAUUAAUUUAGUAUUAACUCCAAAAAAAAAGAAAUGGAAACAGAUACUGAUGUAAAAGACUCAAUAAAUACUUCACUACCGGACCCAAGGACCGCUGAAUGGCCAACCAUUACCGAAUGGUUAAAAUCUGAGUUUACACCAAAAGCCCUCAAUUGCGAAUUUUCAGAAACUAUUACAAACUUCUUAUUUGAAACCAUUUGCCGCACCCUCAAUCAUUUCAACUGGUACAACUGUCUUGAGCCGGCAACAGUAGCUGAUACUUUAACUGAAACAUUAAAAGCCUUAAGACUGUACAUCACCAAUGAAAAAGUGGCCAUAUAUUUGCUAGAACUGCCUGAUUUUUAUGUUACUAUGGAUCUGCUUAUGAAAUGUUUGUUCACCAAGAGGAAUGGGCCUGAGGUACACACCAAGUAUCUUUUACAAUUUUUCUUGAAUAUGCUAAGUUCUGGUGAUGCCCAUCAAAAAAUGUAUGCCAAAGAAAAAAUUAAGCGGCAUGAGCUUUUUAAAAAUAUUCAAUUGAUUUUCUGCAAUGAAUUUGGUCAUUUAUAUGAAGCCAGUGCAUUAGUUUAUAAUUUAUUGAGUGACAGUGAGAUUGAUGAUCCAGAACUUAUCGGGCAUAUAGUCAUGUAUUAUUCAGACAAUUACAAAACCAAUGAGUUCCUAGGCUUUUUAGUGGAAAAUAUUAUUUUUGGAAGUUAUAUGUGGAAUAAUUAUGCAAUGAUGCCAACUGAUGUAAGAGUAAGUUUACUUUCCUCAAUGAGAGAUAUUCUUAUGUGCCCUCCCACCAUUGAAGAAUCAGGAGAACCUUAUGAAGGAAGGAAAUUACCUGAUAUUUGCUUGAAUGCAUUGGCGAAGAUGUUGCAGGAAAGUCACACUGUUGUUUUUCAAGUUGCAGAAAGUGGCAUUUUCAGUGAAGAAGAAGUAUCCAGAAUAUUGGAGCUGCUCGCACAUUUAUCCAGCGAUGACAAAUACUUGCCGUUCUUACAAAACGACAAGAAUUUACUUAUAAAUGCGGGUGUUUUACUCAUAAACGCUCAUCGAUUGGGAAAACAGAAAAAUAAUGUGUUCUCCCCAGUACAGAAAUUAUCAGAGAUUCAAAUGCCUGGCGAUGAGCUCCGAAGAAAUCCAGUUUUUGGCUUUAAGGCUGAUCUGGUAAGACUGAUUGGGAAUUUAUGUUGGAAAAAUAAGAAAAUGCAAGAUUUGGCAAGGGAAGCCGAGUUAAUACCGGUAUUGUUAGAUUGCUGCAAUAUGGAUGCCAAAAAUCCAUUCAUUAUCCAAUGGGCCAUAUUAGCGAUCCGUAACCUAUGUGAACAAAAUAACGAAAACCAAACGAUAAUAUCCAGUUUAACGCAGAGGGGAGUCGUGAGUAGUGAAAUUCUGGAGGAGUUCGGCCUCACUUUACACACUGAAGAGAGUAUAAGCAUUGGAAUGAUCAAUUUAGAUCUUAACAAGUAAAGUUACGUCUUUUUUAAUUAAGGACUAAAUAGUGUACUGGAAUUAUGUUAUUCCUUCAUAUCUUGGUAAAUCUUCUGUUUCAGUAUGAAUAAUUAAGAUGUGAAUGUUAGGAAUUGUGUUUUUAUUUGUGUCAAUUAAGUGUAUACAUCAAAAAUAAAGGUUUUUUUU